GUUCACAACAACUGCGCUUCAUCCGUUCGCCUCUAUGCCUUCUUCGAACCCAUUGAGACAGGAAUGAGGUCAAUGUUCUUCAAAGUAAAGCAAGGAGCUACAGCUAGCAUCAUUCUUUCGCGAGCCAUCCGAAAGUGGACUUGGAACGGAUUGCUGAACGAAGCAGCUGUGGUAAUCUACGCAUGGACAAAUUUAAAGGAUCCACGUCUUGAGCAGAUCUGGCAAAAAACGUUAAAUGCCUCACUGACAUGCGCAUAA